AUGGCUGGAGAAACCUUUUCUCUUGCGGGCCAAGGCCUCAAACUUGACACCAAGGAAGAUCUGGAGAAGCACAUUGCCCCCCUCCAGGCGUCUUCGAACAUUACACACAUCGACCUCUCAGGCAACACGCUCGGGGUGUCCGCAUGCGAAGCGCUCGCGCCGAUACUCUCGUCCAAAAGCACCCUCCAGAGCGCCGACCUCCACGACAUCUUCACUUCCCGGCUCCUCGAAGAGAUCCCCCCGGCACUCUCAUCCCUCCUGACGGCGCUGCUGGAAUGCCCCAACCUGCACACGAUAGAUCUCAGCGACAACGCGUUCGGGCUGAACACGAAAGACCCGCUCGUCGACUUCCUGUCCAAGCACGUCCCGCUCAAGCACCUCAUCCUGAACAACAACGGCAUGGGCCCGAUCGCGGGGACGUCCAUAGCCGAAGCGCUCGUGGCUCUCGCCGAGCGCAAAGAGGCGGCGCGGAAAGAAGGCAGAGACGUCCCACACCUCGAGAGCAUAGUCUGCGGCCGCAACCGGCUCGAGAACGGCAGCAUGGCGGCGUGGGCCAAGGCGUACGAGGCGCACAAGGACGGCAUCAAGAGCGUCAAGAUGACACAGAACGGCAUCAGGCCCGAGGGCAUCUCGCACCUGAUCACCGCCGGCCUGCGCCACUGCGGAAACCUCGAGGUUCUAGACAUGCAGGACAACACGUUCACGCUCAAGGGCGCCCUCGCCCUCGCAAAGACGCUGGACGGCUGGUCCGGCCUCAAGGAGCUGGGCGUGGGCGACAGCCUCCUGGGCGGCAGGGGCUCCGUGCGGGUUUUCGAGUCGUUGGCCGCCGGGGGGAACGCGGGCGUCGAGAUCCUGAGGCUGCAGUACAACGACAUCACCCCCGCGGGGGUCAAGGCGCUCGUGCAGGCCGCGAGGGACGGACUGCCGAAGCUAAGACGGGUCGAGCUCAACGGGAACAAGUUCGAGGAGGAAGACCCGUCGGUAGAGGCGCUGUCCGAGCUCCUGAGCGAGCGCAAGGACGAGCACGGCAAGGACGACGACCCGGAAGAGCACUGGGGCCUGGACGAGCUGGACGAGCUCGAAGGCGAGGACAGCGACGAGGAAGAAGAGGAAGAGGAGGAGGAAGACGAGGCACGUGCCAAGCUUGUCGAGGUCGACGACCAGGCCGAGGAGGAGGCCCCCGUGGCGCAGAGGAAGGAUGCUGAAGUCGACGAGCUGGCCAGCAAACUUGAGAAGGCCUUGUGA